AUGGUAAACGAAGUACCGGAAGAAAAUUUUUUAGAGUUUUCGAUUAAAUACCUAGAUGCAGUGUUUGGAACCGAAGUAUCUAACUUUGAAAUAAGCGAUCUAAGUAAACCAAAAAUAUUACAACCACAUGAUAAAAAUUCUACGACCACCACCCUUCCCCCUCAAAUAAACCCAGUCAAAGAUCUUCAAAAUGAACAGAUUUCUGCCGAAAACAAAAAGGCAUCAUCUGAAUUCUUUACGUCUAAAAAUAAUACCAUUGUUAGUUCCUCAACCGAAAAAUUUGUCCCUGUUGUUCAGUUAAAUGGAGAAUCAAAAGAAAAUUCUUUAGAAAAACGAAGUUCAGGUUUAAUAGAUGCCACUCUUAAAAGAAAAUCUAUUAUAGACUUGGAAGAUAUUGAAUUUAACGAUGACGCAGAGCCGAUCACCGAAGAGUUGCAUAUUGAGACAGAUAAUCCGUCACAUUUAUUUUGGGUACCAGCACAUUUACACCCAGAGAUAGCUCCAAAUGAAUUUAGAAAGUGGUUGAAAAAUCAUGCAAAAGAUGGAUUUAAUUCAGGAACGAUAUCACUACGAAGACGCAAAUCAACUCUUUCUCGACAAUAUAUACCUACAGAAAAUGACGACGAUGAACAACCUGAGAAAAAGGUAGAUACUGAAAAAAAAAGUAUUGGUUUUGAUUGGGAAAAUUUUGCCGCAUUGGAUGAGAACAUUAGUCCUUCGUCAGAAUCAUCAAAAUUAAAAAUAAUAAAAAGAAGUCUUAGUUUGAAUUUUCCACCUUUCAUGGGUUCCGAUUAUGACCCAAAGAAUCCAAAUAUAUUUGAUCGGAAUUCUUCUACUGAUGUAGAUUCACCUAUACUUAUUCAUAGAAUGGCUCCAGCACUUAAGCGUACAGCACGUACAAAGAUUCGUAGAAAUUCAGUGGCCGGGGAGCAGAAUCCUCACAGGUUUUCUGCUCACAGAAGAACAAAGUCAACUCACAUAUUAUCUGGAAAAAAUAAGAAUGGAAAUUUAAUAUCUAAUCAUCCAAAAAAGACUUCUGCUUCACUUUCUUUAGAUAAAUCUGACAUUAGUGACAAAGAAAAGAUAAAACCAGAGGAAAAUUAUAAUGAGAUCGAGCUUGCUUUCAUAGAUUCAAAUGAUAUCUCAGGACCCAUUCGUAUAACCUUAAAAGACAAUGACGACUUACUUUCUGUUCCUUCCCCUCAAAGAACAAGCUCUCUGCCACACGGUGCGCUCGAAAUGGCAAAUGAAUUUCAAGAAGAUCAAGUUCCAUUGCCCGAUAAGACAAAAUUAUAUGUGGAUACAGUGAAUACAGAUAAUACAUCGAAACCUAUUCCUGAAAUGUCAUCAGCAUGGACAUCAUGGCUUUUUGGGAAACCAACAGAUGAUAAUGUAAAUUCUUCAGAUUCAACUGUAUCUCAACCUCCUGUCUCACUAAACACAGAUAUAUCAAAUAAAAAACCAAAGUAUACCAAUUACAACCGUCUUCCCAUUCAUGUAGAGCGUGCUAUAUAUCGUCUUUCUCAUAUUAAAUUGGCAAAUCCCCGACGACCUUUAUCCGAACAGGUUUUGAUAUCCAAUAUGAUGUUUUGGUAUCUUUCACUUAUUAAUAAACAAGUUGAAUAUGGAGGCGAAAUAAAUCCUAAUGCGGAAAAGGAGGCAAUAAAAGUAAAAAGUAAAGUUGGCAAGUCUAAUGGAGGCCGUAAACGGAAAAAAGGGGAAAAGAAAGGUGUAUCUUCGGAGAUAAGACGACGUGGAGCUAGUUCCAAUGCAGAAAUAGCAUAUAAAGCUCCACAGUAUGAUAUGCAACAAAUUUCACAACAAUAUACUGAAGAAUGGGAAAUAUAUAGUGAAUCAGGAAAAGAAAUUUCUUCUGAAAAUAAUGAAGAAAAUUAUAAUGGAAAAUACCAUCACUAUGGGGAUGGAUAUGUAUCUGACGGAACAGAUGGAGGAUAUCUUGACAGUCAAGAUUUAAAUGGUAGUAGUAUUGAGAGUAAUCAUAUUAGGGAGCCUGUUAAUAAUCAUUUAGAUAUGGAGGAAAGUUCGAAAAAUCGAUCUCGACGUACCGCACCCACUCAAAACCAACGAGCAAUUAGUCCAAUAAGAUUACGACCUUCAAAUGUUGGACAAAAGAAAAAUAAUUCUCAAUCACCUCUAACCAAAGUCAAGAAAAAUUUAAUUGCUGGCAAUUCGUUAGAAGAAGAUGAAGAUGAUGAUAUUCCAUUAGGUCUUUAUAUGCCCAAAUGA